GGAGUCGCGAGGACCUCGCUGUUGCGCGAGAUCAUCAUGUUGCUGCGUCGACCUGCUCUCGGGCCAAUGACGCCAGCCCGCCACUUCCGUAACCGUUGCAAGCCUUCCGUCAUCGUUCAGCACCUGCGCAAACAAGCAGCCAUUCAACUUUGGAGCUACGCAAUGUUGGAACUUCGCCUCUUUACUCUAAGUUUAGAAGUUGACAGCCGGUACCCGUCUCUCAGAUCCACUUCUUUCUCAUAUCCUGAUCUUGUACCUGACGUCUCUUCGUCUCUCCUCACAUCACCUUCCAUGGACGCGACUUGAUCACCUGCCACGUCUACAACCAAAUUACACCCUCUACGUCACACAUUCGGAACCCCGACCGACUGAGCAUCACCAACCCUUACAAUGGUCGGAACAACCCUUCAAAUGCGCGAGGGCGCCGAGCUCGUUGGAGAACACGGCUUUCGAUACCUACUUGUCAAACCCCUCGGCCAGGCCAACGUAUGGGUCGCCGUCGACGCGGCUUCACAAGAGAAGAUCUUCAUCGUAAAACAGCCCGGCGACGAUGACGUCGGGUACGGAUGGCCAAAGUUUCAACAUGAGAUGAUUAUGCACGAGCUUCUCAAGGGCAUUCCAACAAUCAGACAACAAGUAGACCGUAUUCCACCCACCAGGGGUGGUCCACCACGAAUCGUGCUCGAAAUCCUUCAAUCAACCCUCUGGGACGCACGAAGGAAGCGCCAGUUCAGUGACGUGGAACUCAAGGGUAUCAUGCGCUCGGCAUUGUUGGGCCUGCGAGACGUACACGAGCGAGGUCUGGUGUAUGCAGACCUCAAAAUGCAGAACAUCCUCCUCAGCGGCUUCGAAAAUGAACCAAGCGCCAACGCAGAGAUCGGCGACGACCGCAUCACUGCCAAACUCGGUGACUUAGGAAUCGUCAUGGAGCCAGCAAAAGGUCUCGUUCAGCCCAUCGUAUACCGCGCGCCCGAAGUUUAUUUCCGCAACGAAAUCAACCAACCAGCCGAUAUCUGGUCCUGGGGCGUAAUUUACUGCCAGCUCCUCGAAGCGCAAGCUUCGUUCAACAAAUACGGUCUCUACGAUGAACUCCUACAGGGAAACUCAGGCCAGGGUCAGAAAGAACGUUCAGUUGAACGAGCUAUAGCACAUGAUUUUGGACUGGGCGCCUUAGACUACUAUGAUGGGUGUCGACUUCCUUACCAGGACCGCUCACAUCAUGAAGGACAACACUGGGAACAACUAAAAGCCAAGGGUGUGCCGGAGAAGGAAAUCAAGUUCCUGAGCUGGGUCCUCAACCCUGUCCCUACAGAUCGGCCCACAGCCCAGCAGAUUCUGGAUGCAGGCUGGUUCACCAUGGAUACGGCCAAGACGGGCAAGAUUGCCGACAAGUUGGAAGCGAGUGCUCAGGAGUCGAGACGCAGGAACAUCCAGAGGAAACGCAGUGAGCCUUUGUUCACCUAUUCGGCGGCGAAACAGCAGCCGACCGGGUUGUAUACGAGGGAGCCUCCUACCACAUUUUCUUCCACGCAUGCUUCUUCCAACACUCCUUCGUGGUCUCCUACACCUUGGCAGCCACAGUCGUCGCAAUCGUACUCGCAUUUACCACCUCAAUCCCAGUCGCAACAGCCGUCGCAACCUCAAGGACAAGGAUACCAGCCUACGCCAUACCAGCCCAUGUCUUUCAAACCCGUUACUAUCCAGGCGAGUGAGGAAAUGGGGAACAAGGCAAGGCCUGUUACGCCGAGGUCUAGUACGCAGAAACCGAGUGGCAGUACGUUUUUGAACUUUGGCUCUUUUAUGCGUUGAAGAAAGAGGCUUAUGGUGGGUUAGGUAGAAGUACUGCUGGGGAUAUUGCGAUGGUGGUUUGGAGCUUGGGGUUGUAAGUGUAUUGUAGUUGGGAAGUUUUGUGUGUCCAGGGAAGGAAAGUGGAAUUGAAUCGGUUCAUGAAUGAUAUUUUCUUGUUAUGGAAGUUUGGUUUGAUGAAAGGUGGAGUACUACUGUAAUUUGGUAUUAUUUUAAGCUGUUUUAGUCGUUAAGAUAGCAUCAACGAAUUUUCGAGUCU